AUGAAACAUGCUAAAGAUUCUGACAAUGUCGAUCAGCCUAAAAAUGUUUUUACUAAGCAGCAAAUAACUGAUAUGAAAAAUAAAUGCAUUGCUUCCCACUCCCGUCGUUAUGAUGAUGCUACUAAGAAAGCCUUGGAUGGCAUUAAAGAGCGUCAGAAACAACUUGAUGAACUUAAAAAGAAACUCGAAGCUUUUAUCGGCAAAGAUAACAGUGCUGAAGAAUGUAAAAACCUUUUAGAGAAUCUUUGUGACGGCCUCGAGACUUUCCUCGGCUUCAAUCCAUCUUCCAAAGGCUACACUGGCAAUGGCAUUGUCUACUCUGACUUGGAUAGGCUGUGUGACGCGGUGAUGGGAUUUUUGAGUGGUGUGCUUGAAGCAGUGAAAGAUGAAAAUGAAGUGACAACUUAUGAUCAAUACAUUAGUGGAGAGGAUAAAAAGCUUAAAAGUGUACUUGACACCUUAAAUAAUAAUAUUGGCUCCGGGCGUCAUGGGCUUGUGGCGUCUGUCGCGGAGGUGAAGGGGUGGUUGGAGGGGUAUGAAACACAAAUUAAGGCAUACAAUGCUGGUGUAACAAGCACGUUAGAUAGGUUGAAAUAUAAUAUUAAUGACGACCUUAGCUCUAUUAAUGAACGUAAAUCGCUCGCUGAUCAGCAUGACAGUUGGAAGAGCAGUGUUACAAAAUAUGCAAGUAAUAUCAAACAGGCGAAAAUAGCCUCCACAAAUCUCGACAACAAAUUGAAAAACGACUUAGAGGUACCGCUCCGAAAUAUUAGUAGCGUUUUGGUGUUUAUGAAGAAAUCAGCAGAAAGCACGGAUUUGAGGUCUCAGGCUGCAACAUUGGACGAUGAUGUCGUAAAAAUUGAAAACGAAAUAAUUACCCAGAUAGAAAUUAGAUCACAGGGAAUUCGGGAUAAGCUACAUGAUGAGUUCUGUGAAAUGGAAGCAAAAAUUAGGACUUUGAACGAUACAAGGAAGGAGCGGAUUAAGGUUAUGAAGCAGGCCAUACGAGAAUUUCGGAGGUUAAUUGACGUGCAUUUUGGGGAUUACCGCGACAGUUAUAAGAAAAAGAUCAUGAAAACAUUUAUUGAUAUUAAGACAUUGUUAAGCAAUGUAAAUAAGACCGAGGCAUUAACGGGUGCGAAAGAUGGAAACUCUUGGCUUAAGCAAAAAGUUGUGAAGAUAAGGGAGGAAUUGGAGGCAACUGGCGCCGAACUGGCGCGUUAUCUGAAGAAUGCCACUAAUUUGAUUCAGGCGGCAGAGAGACUGCGUUUGGAAGCUGAGACGAAGGCGACGGAUGCGUAUGAUAAAUUAAAACUACACUCAACACUGGACAAGAAAAUCGGAGAAAUUGUACUAGCGAAAGGUAAUAUUACAGCAGCUCCAGGAGCAGCGAAAACUAAACUCAAAUCGUUGGUGGAGCAUAUUACGAAGGCGGUUGGAAAGUUGGAUGAGAAGAUUAAAGAUGACCUUGCCGAUUUAAAACUUGAAGUCCGCUCAGGUAUUGCAUCAUAUGUAACAGGGCUGGUUGAUAAAAUUGUUGAAGCCGCCGGAAAGGCCAGUCUCGGAAGUAUUUCUGCUAGCAACUCCGGUGUCGAAUUUUUGAAGAGUGCUGAAGGCAUAAAGGAUAAAGGAAGCUUGGGGAAAGCACUUAAUUAUAUCGUUAAUAACGGCAACACAAAUAGGGAGCAGACAUAUUUGGAGGCAGGUCUAUAUUAUCUGAAAAGAACCAAGGACGAAUGGAACAAAAUCGUAAACAGGAAAAUAAAUAUCACCUCCGACUUGUCAAAGGAUUUGAAAGAUGCAGCUAGUCAGGCAUUCCUUGAGGCUGAUACGGAUGCUACCAACGUUAAGAAGCUAAUGCACGCCUAUAAUAUUCACGUAACAGAUCAUCAAAAUAAUACGCUGGCAACUGCGAUCGCUGACUUAGAAAAAUAUGCGCUAACUGAAAUGACGUCCAUCGUAACCAGCAAAACCACCGAAAUUGGUAAAGCCAUUGGCGAGGUUAGAACUGAGGUGAAUGCUAUCAAGGAUAUUCUGCGAAGUGACAAAAAUCAUGACGUCAUUCAUACAUUGAAACAAUUGCACGACACAAUUGGUCAGCACGAUACGAAAGCAGGUGACGACAGCCUCGGAAAACUUAUGAUAAAAAUGGAUAAAUUGCAGCAAGCUGAUUUGUCUGAAAGCUUGGCCGGCAGAAUCCAAAAGGCCAUUUUGGGGGUGAUUGAUAAUGUAAAUAUGUUGGAACUAGUGCCCGAAGAUAUUGAGGAAAAGAGGAAGGAAGUAGGAAACUUAGUGGACGAUUUGAAAGCUGGAUUAAGUCACAACAUCAGUAAUGUUAUCAAAGUAAUAAUUGACACAGACACAGCCCUGGAUGCUGCCACUGAAGAACUACAUAAACGUGUACUUUCAGCGCGUCAAACACUGCAGGGUUAUAUUACACGUGUACAAGUCGACAUCUCUGAUGAAUUGAAGCAUAUCUUCAAAAGUUUGACUGCCGAGGUGAGAAGAUUAUAUGCCAAAAGACAUGAAGCCUAUCUGAAAGAAUUGCAGAAAAUAGUGCAGGCCGCACUAGCCGACGCCGCAGUGAUAAUUGACGCGAAUCUAAAGUCAGGUGUUAAAGGUCUCAUGAGAUGGAUGAAAGGCGAGAUAGACUAUUACGGUAUUGAACGUUCUCCAAAUAAGCUUGAAUACUUAGACAGAUCGAUAAGGUCAUCCAGCAAUGGUAGAGAAAAACUAAAAAAUCUAUCGGAUGCAUUUAAAACAUACUUGAAUACUUUCUACGAAUACAUUAAAUUCGAAGUCACAGACGCAACCAAAACAGUAACCAACCCCCCUCCCACCGUGCCACCCACCGACCCAGCCAACAAGCUAACCAAAAUCAAAACUAACUUCGACAAAUUACUUACUCAUUCAAGUAACUCAAAUGACUCUAAAAAGUAUAAUUAUGACAAUGAUUUCGUUAAAUUACGUGAGUCCCUCUCCACCUCCCUCCACCAUUUAUCCCCCUCCGCCUUCGCCAACCCCCGGCACCCGGAGCUGCUCGAUGCGGUUAGAGCGGGGCUGCAGGGGUUUGUCAAGGAGAUGGAGCGGGUGUAUGUGAACGGGUAUGAUGGAGGGGAGGAUAUCAUAAUAGUAGAUGCAAGAAAUCAAAAAGUAACCGAUGACGGCAAAAAAUGCGCAAAAGUAUGUCUGACAUUGUUCUCCACACUUCAUCACGUAUUAAGUGUAUUAAGGAAAUAUUGUUAUCGCACAUGUAAAUAUAUGCAAAUUAACAAAUCAACUGAACUUGGCAGCUUUUUCAGCAAGCAAGGAUACUGUAUAUCCGACCGAGGUGAACAAAACGGUGAAUUGCAGGACAAAAUUAGUAUGCAAGGAACAAAAGUACAUAGUUUACUUGCCGGGCAAUUAAAUACUGUUUACAACUCCAACAAGGGAUUCAAAAAUGCUCUUGAAAAGCUUAACGACUACCUUACCGAUUAUUACCAAGUCAGGCACAUCUCCACUUUCACUGCCAAGAGACGACCAUGCAACGUAUUCGAAAUGCUCUGUUGGCUCUCUGGGUUACCGUGCAAUGCAGUGUAUGAAGAUAUGCUGAGUGGAGCUGUGAGUGACCUAUUCGAAGAUCCAAGUAAGCAGGUCGCGGUUGAAGAUGAAGGCCAUGAAAUCACAGUUUCAGACAUGAGACAAGACUCCAUACCGGCGCACCCGUACAACAUGUCAUAUGAUGACACGCAAAAAGCAAUAACACGUCUUUGCUCGAAAUCAUACGAUGUUCUGGCAAGAAUCCUCGGCACCGGAGACGCGUACUCCAUGUACGCCGUCGACUACUGCAGCAAUGCACUAAAUCUUCAUUACCCGCCUAAAGGUGAAGAUUGCCUUCAUCUGCUGCUUGACGUCCUUCACAGAUUAUUACCGUCGCUUAGAUUCUUGUAUAGGCAAUGCGGCGUACGUGCUGCGUACUACGGAUGGGCUGAUUGCCAUUACGGUAAACAGGUCGGAUGUGCCAACUGGCCAUGCAAGGAUCAUCCAACUAACAAAGCAGCGUGCGAACCAAACGGUCAAGCAACGUGCCAGGCAAAUAGUCAACCAAAUUGCCGGCCAACUUCUCCUUUAAUGUCUUACCUCAAUGACUGUUUACCCGGUCACUUGCCUCAUCAGCUGCGUACCAUAGGCUGCAAAACGGAAUGCGCAACCUGUCCGAAGUCCAAGCCUGGCAUGUCAUGUUUGGUACCGCUUGGGUUUAGGCGUUUCUCCGGCCAGUCACGUACAGGCAAGGAACUGUGUGAUACACUGGAGAAUUUCUUCUCCAAUUCAUAUAUCACAACACUAUUUUGCCUUAUGCCAAAACCGCCAUCUACACUUGCUGAACACAUGAGCUUCGCAAUGAACUAUUUUGGAAAGUGGCAGACGGACACAUCAAGAAAUAUAAACGGUCUUCAAGUAGCAUUCGAGAAAUCAAUGAAGAAGCUAUCAAUACAUCAAGUCGAGGAUGCGAGCAACUUGAGAAGUGCGCUCAGAGAUAUCUAUGGAACAAAGCACAACAAUGAGCCCAGCAAGCUGUCAUCUCAUCAGGACUCGAAACAUGCCGAUUUGUGGAGUGUCUGCCUACCUAACGAAACAAAGCCAUGCUCCGAUUUGAAGCACCAAUGCGCUCCUUAUAUCUCCUCAACUUCUUCCGAUGCGUACAAUUACCUUGCUGAGAAGCAUUCAGAUCUAUACCUCUCAUGGGCUAUAUAUCUACCGUGGACAUUCUACAGCUGCCUGAAAUCCUUGCUGGAUGCUUUCCAACAAAUAGAUUGCGGAAGCUCUGGUUGCACUAAAUGUUCAUGCAAGCCGGGAACACAUGGCGUAGAAUUAAACUGCACGUGCAACGCAUUGAUAAGCUGCCGUGGCGUGACGCCUACAUUCUACCAAUAUGGUUUCACAUUUGGAUACACUAAAAGCAUAUACGGUACAGACAGAAAAUACUGCCGCAAUUUCAACACGCAAUUAAGCAACGUGCUUAAAUCCGACUACUUCACCAAAUUAUUUGAGGAAUGUGACAACUUCUUAUGGAUCAUCAGAGCACCAUUCUCCUACCUUGUGCUCACCCUCUGGCUCCUCUCUUUCCUCUACCUCAUCCACAUCAUGGUCAUCCGCCUUGACCUGCUCCACAUCAAAUCGCAUCUGCAUAGUCCCUCAUCACAUCGCAUAGCUGCUCAAUCUUUACUUGCUGCUGGACGCGUUAACAAGCUUAACAGGGUGUUUUACCUGCAACCAUAA